AUGAGGCUUUUCAAAGGGCCGAUCGCCCUGGUGGGCGGUAUCCUUGCCCUACGAGGUGCCUUUGCGAUCGACGUCGAUCCCGAGAAUGAAGAUUCUAUCAAAAGCGCGGCUAAGACCGUCGCGACCUCUAUGGUCGAUUACUACAAUGCUCGCGAUUCCAAAGACAUUCCCGGAAAAUUCGACGAUACCUGGUGGGAGGGUGGAUCCAUGUUCAUGACCCUGAUUCAGUAUUGGUACUUGACAGGUGACGAUCAAUUCAACGACAUCAUUCAGGAGGGCAUGUACUGGCAGAAAGGUGCCGACGACAAUUAUUUCCCGAGCAAUUCCUCUUCAUACCUCGGAAAUGACGAUCAAAUGUUUUGGGGCAUGGCGGCGAUCAUCGCGGCAGAGUUCAAUUUCCCCCAGCGAAGUGAUGAGCCCUCGUGGGUCACACUGGCUCAGGGUGUCUUUGAUGCACAGGUUGCUCGUUGGGAUAAAACGAGUUGCAAUGGUGGUCUGCGCUGGCAAAUUUGGCCAUAUCAAAAUGGAUAUGAAAUCAAGAAUGCCAUCUCCAAUGGUGGAUUGUUCCAGUUGGCGGCCCGCCUGGCUCUGUACACUAAGAAUGAGACUUUUGCCAACUGGGCGGAGACGAUUUGGGAUUGGAGUUUGACGACUCCUCUUUUGAAGAAAAAGAAUUGGAAUAUUGCCGAUACCACGAAUGUUGAUGCGAACUGCAAGGAUCACGGCGAUUGGCAAUGGACUUACAACUAUGCUACUUACAUUGCCGGUGCUGGGUAUAUGUAUAACUACACCGAAGGCAAAGAUUAUAAAUACCUCGAAGGCAUCACUGGAUUAAUCACGACCUCCAACCAAUUCUUCCCAAAGAGUGGCAACGGCCAAAUUAUGUCCGAAAUUACCUGCGAAGCAACUGAAAACUGUGAUCGCAACCAAAAAACUUUCAAGGCAUAUUAUGCAUCCUGGCUUGGAUUUAUGUCGCUUAUUGUUCCCAGCAAUGUGACGGAAUCAACCAUGGCGAAAUUCAAGACAUCCGCAGUCGCUGCUGGUCAGCAAUGCUCGGGUGGAAAGGAUGGGAAACACUGUGGAAUCCGGUGGACGAUGCAGACUAAGUGGGAUAAAUCCACGGGAUUGGAGCAAGAGAUGGCUGUUUUGGGUGUCUUGAACGCCAUCAUGGUCCCGUUCAAGCAACAGGGUCCUUAUAAUGUGGACAAUGGUGGAGAAUCCAAGUCAGAUCCGAACGCAGGAGUAGAUCAUGAUCCCAAGACCAGAACGAUUACUUCGGGAGACCGAGCUGGUGCUGGAAUUUUGACGGCUGUCUUUAUUGCGACUUGGGUGGCUGGUCUUGCAUGGGCCAUUUGGGGCUAG